AUGGCAAACACCAACACCAAUCCGAGACCGCGCCGCAUGCGCAUCUGCCUCUCAGUAGACUUCGACGCUCUCUCCGGCUACCUGGGGACGGGCCACACGCCCGAGAACACCCUCUCCGACUACUCAGCCGGCCUGCUGAGCGCCAACGUCGGCGUGCCCCGGCUCCUGGCGCUGUUCGCCAAGCACGGCAUCUCGGACAAGGUGACGUGGUUCAUCCCGGGCCACAGCAUCGAGACCUUCCCCGGGCGGGCGGCCGAGAUCGCCGCCAGCGGCGCCGAGAUAGGACUGCACGGGUACAGCCACGAGGGCGCGUACGCCAUGACCCCGGAGCAGGAGGCAGACGUGCUGGACCGGUGCACCGAGCUGGCGACGGAGCUGCUGCGCGGCAGGGGCAGGGGCAGGGGCGGCGGGGAUGGCGGGGAUGGCGGCGAGCAGCAGCAGCAGAGACCGCUGGGGUACCGGGCGCCGCUCUAUCAGAUCCGCGAGUCCACCGUCGACCUGCUCCAGCGGCGCGGAUUCCUCUACGACAGCAGCAUGAACGCGCACGACUCGCUGCCGUACUUCCUGCCGCACCCUUUCCCGCAGGAGACGCCCCGCGUGCCGGACUAUAGCAAGCCGGCGGCGACGUGGAUGCGCCCGACGCCGCUGCCCGCACAGCCGCUGCCCGGGACGGCCGAGGCCCAGCGGGCGAUGGUGGAGGUCCCUGCGUCGUGGUACACGGAGGACAUGACCCCCAUGGGGUUUUACCCCUACACAGCCUCAACUCAUGGCUACGUCGCGACUGACGUCGUGGAGAAGAUGUGGUGGGACCGGUUCGAGUGGUUGUGGGAGAACGAGUCGUUUGUGGAUGGGGGGCCUGGGGAAGGGUAUGGGUCAAUGUAUCCUCUGAUAUGGCACCCCGAGAGUUCGGGGAGAGCUCACAUCGUGGGCAUGGUGGAUAGAUUUCUUGGGAGAUUAGUACAGAUGGCCGACUCCAGCCAAGGGGAGAUCACCUUUGAGACCAUGGCAAGAACCGCGCAAAGUUGGAAGACAAGGAAGGGGUAG